CAAUUAAACUUCUGGUGGUUUAUUGAAAGUGUAGAAUCGAAGAGACAGUGAUGAGUAAAAGAGGUUAGUUUUCAUUUCAUCCCUGUGUGGCUUUCUGUUUCGCUUUUGUAUUUGCUCUUUGUAACAAUGGGAGACAAGAAGGGAAAGAAUAUUGCAAAGGUCCCAGAUAAUGAUUCAUAUGAGUGGGUUAAUGAGGAUAUCAAAAUCAGUGGCUCCUUGUUUAUUGAUCAGUCCAGUGUUGGUGAGAUUAAUUUGUCUAAUAUAGUGAGGAUUGGUUGUCGUAUGGAGUUGUUGCCAUGCAUGAAGUCUGAACGGGUGUUUCAUAGAAGAAAAGACUUUGAGUAUUUUUUUAUGUAUAGCUGUGUCCUUGAAGAGCUGCGUGUGAAGUUUUCUUUUACAGGCUUUGAGUGUAGUGUUCUGAAGCAACUUAAUUGUACCCCUUCUCAGCUCCAUCUGAAAUGGGUGGGCAUUCUUAAGGAGUUUUAAAAUAUUAAUGAAGUAUUUAGAGAUUGAACUAACAUUGGAGUUGUUCUUUUCUCUGUUUCAAGCGAAGGCAGUUUGGAAGGGAGUAUGGGUGAAUUUAAUUAGCUCACCUGGGUUUGGGGUUUUUAAACUUUAUAAGUCUUCCUUUAAGAACUUUAAAAAAUUAUUCCUCAAGGUAAAGGCUGUUGAGAAAGAUUUUCCCUUCUAUAUGGAUGAGUAUUUUGGUGAGAAAUUUUUCAUAUAUUGGUGUUGUCAACCACAACAGAUUUUAGACCCCGAAUACAUAUUUUCUCAGGAUGAGUGUAUAAUAGCAUUCUGGUUGAAUUGGUUAACAGGGGAGAUUUGAUAUCUAUAUACGAAUUGCUUUCAUGGGAGGAAGAUAGGACAUCUAUGAUUAAUUAUCUUGGCGGUAAAUACCCUGGUGUGUCAGCCUCAAAUCUAAGGGCUCAGUUGAAAACCAAAAAUUUAUAUAAGGAAGGAUCAUCUUCAAAUCCAACAAAGGUUGACGGUGGGGGAGAAGUAGAUCAACCCAUGCCAGUAAAGAAGAAUUUUGUAUUUAAGAAGAGAAAAAUUGAGGAUGUUAAUCUUGAUAGCGAUGUCGGGGAGAAGAAUGAGGGAAUUCCUCUGGAGGAACUCUCAAGUUUUGUGAAAAACCAAGAAAAACUGCAUGGAUUUCUCGUGGAUGAUAACAGUUCUUCCCUUUGGGAUAAGAAAUUUCCAUUUAUGGUAGUGGCCGAUGAGGUGCUUCAGUCUGCUUCCGACCAAGCUCUUGUGGAGGAGGUUGGGGAUGUGGCUGUUAAUCAGUAUUUAUAGGUAUAAUG